CCCCGUCAACCUCCGUUUUUGGCCGUCUCCAACAACGGCGCGGAAUUCGGCCUCGCAGCGCCAAGAUCGGACGUGGGGACCGUCUUCUAACGUUCGUUCCCAAGCCAAUUGCAUUACACCAACCCUCGAUAUCCGGACUUGUUCCUUGUAUCGAUAAGAGGAUACCUACCUAGACCAACGACCUCUCCCAAGUUCUAACCCAGCAGAGCGGUUCGCUGCCUUCCCCCCCCCCGGGUUGGUUCGCACCCAUACGCAUAUCCGCAGGUCCAGCCGAGCCGCGCGAUGCCGAAUACGGGCAGGCCGAGUCCAAACUGCCACUUGUGCCGGAGUCGAAGGGUCAAGGUGAGAGAAUGAAACAAUCAGAGACACCGUACUCGAUGGAUUCCGAAUCAAAACGGGUCCCUCCCGCCCGCCUGCUCGCUCCCGCUCGCAAUCUCCAUCGCCGUGCAGCUGACAACUGGGGGGGCCGGCUGCGUGCCGUGCCCGUGGCAUGCAAAAAGUGCGAUUUAGGCCGGCCUCAGUGCCAAAGAUGCAUCAAGUACGGGGUUCAGUGCCCCGGCUACCGCGACGAUGACGGGAUGCGCUUUCAGAAUGCCGAUCCCACCUCGUUUGAGCGACGGAAGAAGAAGAGAAGCUACCACCAGCAUCCUCACCAGCACCAAGACCAGGACGAUGAGGCGACGUCGACGACCAGCUCAGGGACCUUGCAGAUUAUAGAGUUCACCCCGGAAUCAUCGACGGCAGUAUCGACCUCGUCGUCGUCCCCUGCAUCAAGCCGGCAGCCGAGUCGGCAGUCCACGCCUGCCACAAGCAUCACUACCAAUACCAGCACUUCGACGCAGGUAUCCGUAGCACUUCCGGUGCUCAAGUCCCUCCGCCAACACUGGACCGCCGAGUCCAUCCCGCUGGUGCUGGGAUUCUAUCAGAGCCUGGACUUUCUCCCAGGCUUGUUCCGGGGCGCCGGGCAAGACCACUGCCUCGUUCUUACCGGCCAGGUCUUUACCAGGGCGUACAUGAUCAACCGAUUUCGUCCGAGGGCCGAUUACCGCGAGCUGUCUAUCGUUCUCGGCCAUGCCCUAGCCGCGGUGCAGGAGGCGAUCAGGAGCCCCAAGACGUAUACCUCUGACUCGACGAUUGUUGCAGUGUGGCUUUUGGGGAACUAUGAGCUGAUGAUUGGCGGGUUGGAACGGAGGUCCUUCAUAACCGACAAAGAAAGGGGUUCGUCGCCCGAAGUUCCCUGGCACAUUCACGGCCAGGGCCUCCUCAGCCUCAUGCGCGCAAGGGGGGACCGGCAGCUCUAUACCCGGCAUGGUCGUCAGAUCUUUUGGGUCAUGCACAACAUGAUACAAGUCCAACUCACAAUCGCAAACACGCCCUGCCCCCCAGACUUUGAACGCUGGCUCGACAUCAUCGAAGCAACGCUCCAACCGAACGAGGGCCUCCUCCUCCAAACGGGCCGCUACCUCUCCGCAGCAUGCUCUCUUCUAUCGAAGCUGAUCCCGAUAACCAUCAGCGGCGAUGCGGCCCGCGCCCGGACGGCGUACCCGGCCCUAAUCGCCGAGAGUGACCGGGCCGACCUCGCCAUGGCAGCGUGGAUGCGUGUGGCGCCCGAGUUCCAAAUCGAACCGGGGCCGGUGUGGGGCUACUUCUGGAACUCGUGGCGGAGCGCGAGGAUCAAAGUGCACCACAUGAUCAUUCUCAUUUCGAAUCUCGUGGAGUAUGGUGAGCCACCGCUGACCCCGGAAGACUACAAUGCAGAGUGUGGUGGGUGCUCGCUGCUUCACCCGGAGGUCCUCCGCGCCCGCCGGGAAUUCUGCAUGGGUAUCAUCGCGACGGCCGGACGGGAUGUCGCAGAGGGGAUACCGCGGUCGCUGGGUGGGAAAAUGCCGGAUCUAGACCCGGAUUUGCCCUCGGCAUAUUUCGAUGCUGUGAGGUUGAUCUGGCCGCUGAGCCACCUGUAUGUUAUACCCACGGCGCCGCGGCACCUGCGAAUCAUGGCGAGGGAGGCAUUAUUAAGGAUUGCCAAGGAGAAGGGGAUCUUGACCGCCUUGAAGCCAAGGGCAGGCGGGAUGAUGUUUCCGGAGGCGGCGUUGCGGGGGAUUCCGGUGGACAAUCUGGAGGAGGAUGUCGAGCGCGGCGGAGGGUUGGUUAAGUUCGCGACUAAGGUUGAGGCGCAGGAUUAA